AUGAAUUUGGGUCUGACUGUCACCCAGAAGAAACCUCGUGGUCUUCUCGACCUGCCGCCGGAGAUCUGGAGCAGCAUCAGUCGCUACGCAGUCACACGCAGCUCACCCUGCAACGUCGAUGACAUGAACAUCCCUACCGAAGCCCGUCAGCCCAGCAUCACUCUGGUGUGUAGGGCGCUUCGCGUCGAGGCACUACCGCAGUUCUAUGCGAUCAACGAACGGUGUCAUCAGGAUGGUGGCGCCGAGACCAGCGGCGGAAAGCUGCAUUCCUGGCUCCAUGACUUGGACGCUCUGCACAGCGAGUCGAUACUUCGCAGGCUGACCAUCCACUCCCGUUUCCACGACGCUGCAGAGCAUUACAGCAUCGAAUUCGGGAUAAAGUUACGCCAUGCACCCGAUACGUGUAACGAGCAUGAGGACUGCAUUCUCUAUUGCAUCGACGAAAGCCUGCUCUCCCCCAAGAACAGGUGA